AUGGCGAGGGCGAAUGCUCAGAAUGCGAUGCGGUGGGUCAAGGCCACAGCUCAAGUGGCCAGAUGGGCAGAGGCAGGGACAGAUAAGGACCCAAAGAAUAUGGCCACCACUUUGGACGACGCCGCUAGGGACGCAGUGAUCUGUGUCAACAAAGCGAUGGCAAACGUCACUGAAGCGGAAAAGCAGGCACCGCUCCUGCUUGAGGCCGCCCAGAAGGCAGAUCAGCAGGCUCAAACAGUAAUGAAGGCUGUUGAGGGUGAGUUUCAGGCCGCAACGAAACUCCGUGAAGAGGCUGAAGAGCGGCUCAACAGUGCUCGGCAGGAACGAGAUGCAAUUGUGGCUGAGAAAAAGGUGGCAGAAGACAAGAAGCAACAGGAAGAUGAGCUGGCUAAAGAGUGUGAUCUACACACAACUGAGGAGUCAGGGGACCUUCUCUCCAAGCAAGGACAUGUGCAACGCACGGAAGAGGAGCGGGCGAAAGCCGCCGCUAGUGUCGGUUUAGCAGAAACAGAGGACAACGGUACCGGUGAUGCCACCGUCUCGUCCGAAGCCCCUUCACCCCCGGCAGCGCCCACAGGCCCUGUGGCGGAGUCCACGAACAACGGGGAUGUUGAGGUGCAGAAGUAUGCGACCAGCACGGAUUCCGUCGCCCCUAUACCGGCGUCUGCUGACCCUCCGCAACUCCCAGCUACACCAAAGUCGCCUGCGGGUCGCGGCAUCGGCACUGGCGACGGCAGCAGCGAUGUGCGGAUGCGGCUACCUCCGCUGCUGAUGCUCCUGGGAGCGCUGACCUACCUUGCUCUGUAG